AUGUUGGUACAGUGUCUCAUCUGUCAGCAGCCUGGUGAUCUCCAUAAUCGCAGGAUAAAAGACCUUUCCGGUUACUACGAGGGAGCUUUCAUCUUCCUCGGCGUUGCUCAGUUCCUCGGUUCUCUAAUGGCCCUAACAGCCAUCGUCCAUCGGAAGUAUGCCUGCGGUCGGCCGGCGGGUGCCCUGGGAGAGGAGGAUUUGGACGGAGUGGUGCGCAGUCUCCUGCGUUCCCCCGACAGCGUCGAUGCUGACCUCAGUUCAGAGGGUGAGGAGGAGGAGACCAAUCAGAAAGGCGAUGCCAGCAUCGACUGUCAGUUAGACGAGACUGACAACAAUGAUUCCACUCUUACGGAAGUGGAAAAUUCAGAAACAGAGCACGUCCAUCGGUGCCCUAGUUAA